UUAAAAAAUUGUUAUUCCCUAAAGUGACUCCUUCUUAAUUUUUGUAAAAUUUACAAAUAAUAAAAUACAUUUUUUAUACCAUUUAAACUAUUUAAAACUAAAAUGACUAUUUAAGGUCAAUAUUCAGAGAAUUACCUAUCUAAAGUUAAAGAAUUUUUGCUUAGAAAAGAAACCAAGGUUUAACUAUUAUAAAGAUGGGAAAAAGAAAAAAGAAAAAAGAAAAAUUAACUAUAAAAAAAAAACUCAAAAAUUUUAAAGGCAACUUAUUUGAGGAAUCUAAGGAUAAGAUAAACUGUGUUAAAUUAAGUAAACAAAACAAUAGGUUUGAAUUAUUAGGCUCUGCUAAUAAUCCCAUAAUAAUUGAUGAAUUUAAUAAAGAAAUAAAUGAACAUAUCAAUAUAGUGAAUAUGAAUGAAACUAAUAGCCGUUGGAAAUUUGUUAGAAAAAAUAAAAAUCAACUAAAAAAAAUUAAUAACCAAAAAAUGAAAAAAAAAAAUAUCAUAUUGUAUGAUGAAAUAAUUAGUAUUGGUAGGAAGCUAAGACCUAUUGCAAUUGAUGCAAAAAAUGUAGCAUUAUUGCAUAGCAUUAAUCAAGAAUUCUCUGCUAAAGGAAUUGAAAUAUGUGUUAAUUGGUUUAAGACACGUGGUCAUUUAGAUAUAGUUGCAUUUUUGACCAAAAAUUAUUUGGAAGAUAAAAAUGAUAUUCUUAAGACAUUAGAAAAAGAAGGCCAUAUAUGUUACACUCCUAUAAGAGAUAAUUUUUCUCAAAGCCCAUCUUAUGAAAGAGUGAUAUUAGAUUAUGCAUCCCAUGUUGGAGCUGCUGUAGUAUCCAAUGAUAAUUAUAAUUGUAUUACUGAUGAUGUAGAUAUAUUCAAUGAUAUUUUGUAUCACAGGACUUUAAAAAUACGAAGAUUCAAGAGUAAAAACGAAAAAACUGUUAGAAAUUUUUAAAAUUUACAUAUAACAAAAUUGUAUAUUCUUCACAAAAACUAUUUUUAAGAAAUAUUCAACAUUUUCAUCUCAUUUAAAUCAACAUCUAUUUUUCGAAAUUAAAAAUUUGUUGGCUAUAAGACUAAAUAA